UACUAAUCACCUUCUAUUUCUUCUUUAACAAAAACGGUUAUGCGAAUGAUGUCGUGCAUGGGAUAACGAACAGUUAUAAUAAUAUGUUCUAUCUCUAUAACGGCUACGUGAAUGUGUCAAUAGAUUAUUAUAAUGUAUGUUCUAUUUCUCUAGACUGUAACCACGUUAUAUUUUUCCAUGUUACGUUGUUUUAAACGGUUACGUGAAUGGUGUAGUGCAGUAUCAUAUUCCAUCAAUACAUUAUUACACAAAUUGACUAUGGCACAAAUGUAUAAUUAUACAACAUCACAACUUUAAUAGUUAAAAAAAACACGACAAAUUCAAUAUAGUUAGCAAAAAUAUGAAAAUUAAAUUUCUAAAAAAUAUAUCCGCCAUUUCAAAGAACAGAUCAGAAUCUAGUAUGUAACACUAUUAAAAGGAGAAUAAGAAGCCUCAUGAGCUAUGCCACCUCAGCAAAAAAUUCACAACCUAUCAAAUUGCCAUGUCAUCAUAAAUAACAAAAAAAAUUCAUGUCAUCACAAAUAACAAAAAAAAAUCCUUUUACGUCAAUUUAUUAUUUUGCAAUCUCUCUUUUCGUUUUCUUCCUCAAAUCAAUUUUUCCCUUUAAUAUUCAUCUUUUCAAUCCUCGGCGGAUCUGAUUCCGAUCUGUGUAUCUCUGUUACUUGAUUCGAUUUCUCUGUUACUAUGUUCUUUGUUACUGUUACUUGCUUUGUCUCAUCGACCAUUAAUGAUCGUGAGAUGGGAAGGUCAAGGGGAUUCGGAUUCGUGACCUUCAAGGAUGAGAAAUCGAUGAAGGAUGCUAUUGAUGAGAUGAACGGAAAGGAGCUCAACGGACGUACCAUCACCGUCAACGAGUCUCAGUCUAGAGGAAGCGGCGGUGGAGGAGGCCGUGGUGGAGGUGGAUACGGUGGCCGUGGAGGUGGAGAUUGUGGAUCACUGGAUCAACAUGGGUUUCCAAGGGACAAAAUCUGAGUAAUCGAUGACAAUCUACCUCUACGAGUUCUUAAAAUCAUCAUUAGUUGAUCUUCAUCUCAAACCAUCAGAAGAAGACUUAAAGCAAUGGUCUGACAGGUAAAAGUAAAACCAUCAUCAUCCUUUUAUGUUCUUUAUCUUUAUAGAUUCUGAAUUUUAUGUGUGUAUUUCCUUUUUGAGUUCUGGGUUUCACUUGCUAUAGAUGGCCACUCAACAUUGAUUUCUUUAGAAACAUCAAUGGCAAACCCUUCAGAUUCUUAUUUGCAUAUCA